UAAAUAAAAAAAUUGGCUGGCGUUGAUAAUAGGAUGUCCAAGGAAGGAGGGAGGAGGGAAGCGCCGUGAUUGAAGAAUAAGGAAACCGAACUAAGACGCAGACGAGGAAGAAGAAGCUGUAUUAGAUUUGAAGACAGCUCGGCUUUUCAUUGGAUCUGAGGAUUUGUUCAAAAAUGGAGGAGGAAGGUAGCUCCUCUAUAGAGUCGAUUUUGGAGUUUCUGAGGAAGAAUCGUUUCAUGAGAGCUGAAGCUGCGUUGAUUAGUGAGCUCUCCAAUAACAAGAACUCAAGCUCAAAUGGUGUCUUUGAUAAGAAGAAGCAAGUUUCUGAUGAAUUUGUUGUCAAAGAGAUACAAUGCGGAGGAGCAGCUGCUGGUGCCACUGAGAAGAGUCAUCAUCAUCAUCACACCAUGAAUGAUGUUUCUGUUCAGACGACACAAAGUCCCUCUGCUGCUGCUGCUGCUAAUAAUAAUAACAACUCAUUCUGGGAGGACAGGUUCACGUUUUCUGACAGUUUAGUAGAUACAGAGCUUGAUUUAUUACCCCCAUGGAAUCAUACCGACGCUGAGGUUUACAGUAUUGAUCCAACAACUACUAUAAGGAGCUUUGUGAAUCCAUUGAGUCAUCAUGAAAAGGUUAAUAAAAGCAAUAAAGUGGCUGUGGAAGAAGACAUCUUCUCUCACUAUGACCAUGCCAAAGCAUCUCAAUCCUUGGGAGUUGAUAGUAUACAAGAAGGAUUUAUCACCACCACCUCAUCAGACCAGUGGAAGGACUGUUCCGUUACAACUGUUUAUUCACUGUCCAAAGGAGGAAGCACGUCAAGUAAGGAUAUCGGUGUACCCGUUUUAGACAAAAGGCAAGGGAAGAAAAAGGUCGCCGCCGCGAGUGAGCAGGAGGAUGAUGUGGAAACAGCUCUAUACCUUGGAAAGUCACAUUCUGGAUAUGAUGAAGUAAAGAAUCUUAGCGGGUUUGCGUUUUCGCUGCCACAUGUAAGAAUCAAGUCAGAGGAUAAAUCAAUGAACUAUACUUCGGAAGAGCGAGACGUUUUGGACGAGAAGCUAAUCAGUACUGAGAAUGGUUUCCUUAUUGGCUCUUAUCUAGAUGUUCCUAUUGGACAAGAAAUCCAUUCAUCAGGUGGUGGCAGAAUAGCUGGUGGAGGAAACUGGUUGUCUGUAAGUCAGGGACUAGCAGAAGAUGCAUCUGACUUGAUUUUUGGCUUUGGCAAUGGACUAGGUGAUGUCGCUGAGCAUUCAAAUGAGUAUUGGGACUCUGAUGAAUAUGAUGACGAUGAUGAUGUUGGUUACAUUAGGCAACCAAUCGAGGAUGAGGCAUGGUUUUUGGGACAUGAAGUCGACUAUCCUAGCGAAAAUGAGCCUCCGGAUACACAGGAUAAAAGCCAGACCAAGAACGAGGAUGAGCAUUCAUUUGCUGAGGAGGAGGAUUCUUAUUUCUCCGGUGAACAAUAUGUGCUAGCAAAAGGGGUUGAGCCAGUUACAGCUUCAGAUGAUCCGAUGGGUCUCUCUGUGACUGAAACAUACAGCAGGAGCAAGGGACCUGAUUUACUUGCUCGUUAUGACGGGCAAUUGAUGGAUGCAACGGAGGUGAGUUUGAUGCGAGCUGAACCUGUAUGGCAGGGACUUGUCACACAUGAAAAUGAUCUAGUUUUGUUGAGCAAAGGGAGAGUUGAGGAUAACGGUGGUAGGUUCUGUUCAAAGGAUAUCCGCGCAGAAGAUGAUCGAAAUGGUGCAGUUAGGUCAAUUGGUGUAGGGAUCAGUGAUGAUGUUGAUGACAAUGGGAGUAGUAUAGCACCUGAUUACUUUCCUGGAGAAGGAAGUGAAUGGGACCUGGAGCUUCUUCCUCAUCGCCAAGUUGGAGCUGCUGGUGUUAAGCCUCCACCUGGUAGUAAAGGUGCAACAAGUAUGCAGCUAAAAAGUUUUACAAAUGGUGGUUUCUCCUUUCCUUCUCCAGUACCUGAUGGACAAAUCUCUCAUGAUGAUGCUACAAACCCUGUAUGGUCUAACCAUGGUAAUGCUGUUGCUUCUACCUCUAUCUCUGAAAAAAGAGAUAGGGAUGGCGAGAAGGUUGAAAGUUCAAGAAAUUCUUCCCCAUCUGCACUCUCCCACAGUUCUUAUACAGGGAGAGAGCAUUGCAAGGAAGAAGAUCAGGAAGAAGAAGAAGAUCCUGGGACCUCGUUUGAGGAUGAAGAUGCAAUCGUGGUACAAGAGCAAGUAAGACAGAUUAAAGCCCAAGAGCAGGAUUUUGAGACCUUCAACCUGAAGAUUGUUCACAGGAAAAACAGGACCGGUUUUGAGGAGGAUAAGAACUUCCAUGUGGUUUUGAAUUCCGUCUUAGCUGGUCGUUAUCAUGUCACUGAGCAUCUUGGAUCAGCAGCUUUUAGCAAAGCAAUACAAGCACAUGACCUCCACACAGGCAUUGAUGUCUGUGUAAAGAUCAUAAAGAACAACAAAGACUUUUUUGACCAGAGCCUUGAUGAGAUCAAACUUCUCAAGUAUGUCAAUCAGCAUGACCCCGCUGACAAAUACCAUCUCCUUAGACUGUAUGACUACUUCUACUUUCGGGAGCACUUGUUAAUAGUAUGUGAACUUCUCAAGGCAAACUUGUAUGAGUUCCAAAAGUUUAAUAGAGAAUCAGGUGGAGAAGUUUAUUUCACAAUGCCAAGAUUGCAGUCAAUUACUAUCCAGUGCUUGGAAGCAUUAAACUUUCUCCACGGUCUAGGCCUUAUACACUGCGACUUGAAACCUGAAAACAUACUUAUCAAAAGCUACAGCAGGUGCGAAAUCAAAGUUAUUGAUCUAGGAAGUAGCUGUUUCGAGACGGAUCAUCUUUGCUCCUAUGUCCAGUCUAGAUCCUACCGUGCUCCAGAAGUCAUCCUUGGGCUUCCAUAUGAUAAAAAGAUCGACAUUUGGUCACUUGGCUGCAUUUUGGCAGAACUGUGUUCCGGAAACGUUCUUUUUCAAAAUGAUUCUCCAGCUACUUUGCUUGCAAGGGUCAUUGGUAUAAUCGGAUCCAUUGACCAACAAAUGCUUGCAAAAGGACCUGAUACAUCCAAAUACUUCACCAAAAACCAUUUGCUAUACGAGAGGAACCAGGAGAGUAACAAUUUGGAAUACUUGAUACCUAAAAAGUCAUCGCUAAGGCGUAGACUGCCAAUGGGCGACCAAGGCUUCAUAGACUUUGUGGCACACUUGCUCCAAGUUGAUCCAAAGAAACGCCCUUCUGCGUCCGAAGCUCUUAAGCAUCCAUGGUUGACUCAUCCCUACGAACCCAUAUCUCCAUGAUUAUGUGGUUAUUAGACAUCUUCAUGACACCAAAAAGUCCAGAAUGGAUGAGAGCUAGUCAAGUGAGAUGAUGAAUGGUUUGUUUCUUUUCCCCUUUUGUUUUCUGUUGAAACUCUUCUGAAAGGGAAAAAUGUCUUUCAGACCUUGUUGUAUAUUAAAUUCUUGUAUGACUAUUUGCUCAUUUUGUUGUACUGGUAGUUUGUGAAAUAUAGUCUCUUUGAAUUUGA